CGAUGAUCUAGUGCCUUUGUUCUCUUUUGUGUGUAGUAGUAUAUAGGAGGCAACUGAACGGAAUUGUGACUAGCUGGCAGCCUCGCCUGGCCGUACUCUCUCUUCUAUGCAGUAAACGGGGCGGAAGUUUGAUUAGGCUGGCCGUAGGCCCGUAGUACUUAAUCUUGUGGAUCACUGAAUGGAAGGUCAUGUAGGUGGGCAUAGCAGACUGUUGAAGCAGCAGCGGAACUUCAAACUUGGAGUCACAAGAAACUUGAAGAAAGAAUGGACGCCUCUUGUUCGUCCUCUCGUGAGCUCGAACCGCGGUCAGCUGGCCAUGAUAAGUGGACUUAGAACAUCCAGAGUUCAAACGGCUGGUGAGCUCCCGAGCGCGGGGAUGGCUGGCAAGCGACUGCAGCAGUCGCGCAGAGGUGGUGUGAGGAAAGGGUUUGACAUGGUCAUGUUUCGGUGGCUGGUCGAGCAUACGGCCAUAUGCGACGGGCGACCAUCCAGGAAACGGGAGGGGCGGAAGACCGGUCGCACGAACGGUAGCGGGAAUAGUUUCGCGCAGGGGAGGAGAGGUGCUCCAGAGCUCCGUUCCGCGUGGGUGGGAGUGAGCACGUCCCCUCGGUCGGGAUCCGUGUCUGCGUCGGGAUCCGACGCGGAGUCGGGGGCUCUGAAGAGGAGCUCAAGCAGGCACCGCGCGAACAGGAACGUCUCUUCCCGUCGCACACAUGUGUAUGGAGCGGGAUCUGGCGCAUUGGGAUCCGUCGCACAUGAACCCCCUGCCGAGUCGGACGUGGAGGUUGACCGAUCGAACGCCUGGGACUUCGUCGCAAAAGAGCAAAGCAGCGGCGGCUGGCGGCACUCUCGUCACGAGAAGAGUGACGGGCUCGCCACGCACAGAGAGGAGGGCGAAUCACGUUGGCAGUUUGGUUAUCGAGUUUGUCCGACGUGGGGGGGGUCGGUGGGUGGAGCGCGAGAAGUGGGUGCAGGUGCGAGGCUUGAAACAACGGGAAGGUUCGUAGCUAGGUUCGGGAGCUUGCCCGAAGCUGCAGGUCGAGGGAGAGACUAUGAGGAGAGUUGCUUGCUCAAGAAGCUCAAGGGAAAGGGCAGGCUGAUGACACAAAAGAAGAGGGGGGGGGAGGGGGAGGGGGAGGGGGAGGGAGCAGUGUUCGAAGGCCUGUGUUUCUACCUAGAUAAGGACGUCGGGGACAGCUUGGGGGCCACCCUGCGGCGAAUGAUUCUGGGGAACGGUGGGAGAGAGAGCGACUGCUGGCCGGUUGUGGACUCGGAAGCCGCUGACAAGAGCACCGCUUUUCACGGCGGCAGGAGCUUGAGCAGCGGCAGUGGCAGCGACACGACCGCUGUACCCGGUGCCCGGCGAAGAGGGGGUCAACCAAAGGUCACUCAUGUCGUUUGCAGGGUCCAAUCUCUGGACAAGUACGCGGGCCAGCUGACCAACCUGGUUAGCCCGACGUGGAUUCUGCGAUCGGUGCGGCUGGGGAGGCAGGCCAAGCAAGUCACCUAUUCUGCGGAUCUGGCAAUGCACAUGGCAGUGGCAAUGGUAGGGGGAGGAGGGGUGAGAAGAGGGGGAGGGGGAGGAGGAGGAGGAGGAGGAGGAGGGGGAGAAGGAGGACAAGGCGCUGAAAGCAGGCAAGGAGUUGGAAGAGAGGGCCAGGGGGGAGGAAGGGGGCCAGGAGGACAAAGAGGACGAGGAGGAGGAGGAGGAGAAGAUGGAGGGGAGGAAAGAGGACGCGACCGAGGAAGAGGAGGAGGAAGAGGAGGAGGGGGAGGAGAAGCAGCAGAAGCAGAAGCCGGAGGAGAAAAUGGAGGGGAAGAAGCAUGGACAGGGAAGAGAACAUCUCAUUGGGGGGAUCCCGUUGCGGAAUCCUUUGAUAGAGGAGGAGGAGGAGGAGGAGGAGGAGGAGGAGGAGGAGGAGGAGGAGGAGGAGAAGGUGCAGGACGCGCAGGGCGGAAAAGCUUGCACUGGGAACAACCUGUCCCGCACUACUUCGAUCCAAUUGCGGGGCCCGGAGGAGGAGGAGGAGGAGGAGGAGGAGGAGGAGGGGAAGGACGAGGAGGUGCGAGAGGAGGAGGUUUAGGGGGAGGUGAGAGAGGAGGAGGUUUAGGAGGAUGGCCAACUAGGAAAACGUCGCAGUGGGGAGAUUCUCUGGCGGAUUACUGGGUUAGGAAUCUCGCGGGCUCGAGCGAGUUGUUGACGUCAACUCGGAAGCCAGCGGAGGAUUCGCUGCCAAGCAGCAGUUCGCCGACUGCCUCGACUCUGAGUUCCAGCUGGAUACCAUUGGAUAGCGAGUUGGAGGCAAUGAUGGAGGAGAUCGAGGACGCCAAGGCAGCAGCAGGGAGGAGAGAGAGGGAGCUCCAAGUGCGGUUGGCGAAAGAGGGUAUACGGAGAAGGAGAGGGGAGAGUAGGCAGCCCUUUCGUCUGCGUCCAAGGGAGGAAACCCCUCCCGCUCUUCUGGAAACUGUGUGGUGGAUGGUCUCCGAGCCACCUCCAACUGCCAGGAUAAUCGUCGAUCACGACGACGCCUCUGGAGGGUUCAUUGAAUUCUCUGUCGGCAAGAUGGCCUCUUCGGCGCCAAUCACGCAGCGAGAUGAAGAAGGGCACCACCUACCAUUUAGCAGAGCCGAGGGGGGGAGUGAGAAUGGUGAGCAGGGGAUCCUCCAUGGGGGGGAUCAUAGACACGACCACAGUCGCGAUCGCAGGGGUCGGGUGACAGCUACACGGUCUGAGUCCUCCUCGACGAGCAGCCCGAGGACCCACCUGAGCAGUCCGACGUGGGGAUUAGUUGGCCACCAGAUCCCGACGGCUAUGGCGGCUCCCACCUCCAUAGCCGCUGCACCUUCUGAGGCCGUCUUCCCCCGAAACGGUGCGAACACUGCGAAGAUGGCUUACCCGGAUCACGACCGCAUGGGUUCGGGGGAGGCCCCAACCCCUUCUGCCUCCCCCGUCCACGGAGUCCAGGGAUCGACCCUCACCCCCCGCCCCCUGUCUCCAACGGAAAUCACGGAGGUCGUCUAUCCUUUCCCCUUCCUUACCGUGCUCUUCCCCCUCGACAGGUUUGCGGAAAUGGGACUAACCUCUCGCCUCUACUUCUCCGACCGAGGAUUCACUCGCCCACAGAUACUGGAACGCGUGUACUCGUUCUAUCAGGGCGACAUGACGGAGGAGGAACUGAGUGUGGCCCUACACACAGACUCUCGGCGUGCUGAUCGAUUACGAGCUGCGUACGUCGCUGGAGAGCUCACAACGUUGUCAAGUAUGCGAAGUGCCGCAACUGCAGCAGCAGCAGCAGCAGCAGGAGGAGGAGGAGGAGGAGGAGGAACUGAGGAGAGGAGAAGAAGAGAGUACUACCCUUCUUCGGCACAGGGCGACAACGCCGACAAGUCUCGCCCCCCGUCGAGCGAGAGGUUUCACAUUAAACGGGUGGAGUUUCUAGGUAGCAGGCGGAGGUUUGCAGGCCUGCUCCGAACUGGCUGGGAUGAGAGUGGACAGGUGUACGAGCUGUUGAUUGGAGUGUAACCUGUUCGACGUCGUCGUCGUCGUCGUUGUCGUGGUCGUCGGAGAGGAGGGGCAUCGACCGGUCACACAGCGUCACACAGCGUCACACAGCGUCGCACAGCGUCACACAGCGUUUACUUCUGUUCAUCUUGUUGUAUGGGGAUUCGAACUCGAGGUCGGUAUUCCAACAGACCGUGGGUGCACGAACCGAGCUAGGCCACAUAGCAUAACGAUUACACAAAUGGGGUUCUGGUGGUUGGUUUUGAUCGGCAGUCUGUUCUGUGCCGGGAGCAUGAAGCGUCGCACAGCCUCGCACAAACGGGGUUGGUUCAUAUGUUGAGUUGCGGGCAUUCGCCGGGACUGGCCGUGUGUAUAGUACUUGUGGAAUUUAGAAGACGUGGCUUGCCGAG